GCCGGCUCAGUCGCUGUGCGGGAGUGGUCGCCGAGGGAUGUGUGGUAUCGUAACUGAGAGUGUGACCGAGGAAUAAAGAGCCGGCGUUUUAGUUUUCGCUCGCGUUGCACGCUCUCUCUCUUUCGUCCGUCUCGCGUGCGUAUUUCCUUCAUAGUUAUAUAGAGGGAAAGAGAGAGGAAAGAAAAGACCGGCUACCGGAUCGCGCAGCAGCGGUCGUUUCAGCGCGGCACGCAAGUUCCUUCUCGCCUCGCCCUCCUUCGCGCGCCCGCGUUCCUCGAGCCAGUGCACGAAUCUGCGCAGAUCGUGUAUUUGCUACGCUAUUUAUUGUAUAAAGGAUUAUAGACCAUAGCCGACACAAUGUCCGUGGAUAAGGAGGAAUUGGUGCAGCGUGCGAAGCUCGCCGAGCAAGCAGAAAGGUAUGACGAUAUGGCGUCAGCGAUGAAGGCGGUCACCGAAACAGGAGUUGAGCUAUCGAACGAGGAGAGAAACCUGCUUUCGGUGGCGUACAAGAAUGUCGUAGGUGCGAGACGUAGCUCGUGGCGGGUAAUCUCAUCCAUCGAGCAGAAGACCGAGGGCUCUGAGCGCAAACAGCAGAUGGCUAAGGAAUACCGGGAAAAGGUCGAAAAAGAACUGCGAGAGAUAUGCUACGACGUAUUGGGACUCCUGGACAAGUACCUGAUCCCCAAGGCUAGCAAUGCCGAGAGCAAAGUAUUCUACCUCAAGAUGAAGGGUGACUACUACAGGUAUCUCGCAGAAGUCGCCACUGGUGAAACCAGAAAUACCGUGGUAGACGACAGCCAGAAGGCAUACCAGGAUGCGUUUGAAAUCAGCAAGUCAAAGAUGCAGCCUACCCAUCCGAUCAGGCUAGGUCUCGCCCUAAACUUCUCUGUCUUCUAUUACGAGAUCCUCAACUCACCAGACAAGGCCUGUCAACUGGCCAAACAGGCGUUCGACGACGCGAUCGCGGAGCUGGACACACUUAACGAAGACAGCUACAAAGAUUCCACGCUGAUCAUGCAGCUGCUGCGUGACAACCUCACUCUUUGGACCAGUGACACGCAGGGCGAUGGGGACGAGCCACAGGAGGGUGGCGACAACUAACCUUCCUAAGCUUAAGUCCUUUCUAAACCUAAUAAGAACAUCCUAUUCUCUAUCGUCCCCCGUCCCCCUGAAGUGCUCACCCAUAUGUCCAUCCACCUGGAUCCAUUCAUCCAUGUCCACCUGUCCUCUCCUCCCUCGCAUACCUCGUUUCCUUCUACCUUCUUUCCUUCCUUCUUUCCAGCCACGAGCCAUCCCUUUUCUUAAAUUUCUUGUCCUCAAAAAACAUGCUGAUUCCUCUGACCUCCGCCUCUCCCCCCCCCCCCCCUCGCCCCACCUCCUCUCCCUCUCUUUCCUUCUAUUUAUCUGUCUAUUUCUAUCUCUCUAUCUUUCUCUAUCCUGACACGACCGCACACUGUUGCUGAUUGCCACCGCCACAACUGCUACGCCUGGUUCGAAAAACUCGAACGUUGUUGAGAACACCCGAAUCAUCCACUCACUUUUAAUCACGUUCGCGGAUGAUGGCUAGGAAAGAAUAAUCCUAAGGAUCUUGAGGACCUAGGCGCAAAAUUAGAAUCUUAUUCGAUAACGAAAGUGCGUUGAAAGCGCGUCGGUUGGAAAGCGCGUCGAGUCAAAUAAUGCGCGCGAACGGCUAUCAUCGGCGAGAGGUAAUGGUUGGCCGAAGUGCGUGAAUCAUUCGGGCCCUUCAACGAGUUUCUCAGACAAAAAAGAUCCGUAUCGAUCCAUUUUUACGGAGGAACAGGAAGGAGCGAAUUAUGGAUGAAUAGAGGAAAGAAAGGACAGGAGGAGACACACAUACAUCUUUACUUACAUCUCUCCGGCAUACCCUGUCUCGUUAGCAUGCGGGUGCGCGUCGCGCAUACGUCUCGGGCAUACUCAUCGGUAACGCAUAUCGCAGAAAAAAAGAAGCAAAUGCUUUAGAUUAUACACGUCUUUGCGAGUAGAAGACAAGAGAAUGAUGUACUACUAGAAUCACAUUGAGACGAGACAUGGAAUGCAGAGGAUGACCCGCUGUCAUUACUCCCAAAAAUCUGCUCGCUGCUUACCAUCUAAAUGAACAAAAAAGAAGUAUAAAGUUAGAACGCGAAAGAAAAAAAAGUAACAAAAUACAAGCGAGAAGAAAUAGCGCGCAGGUACGAGAAGAAGCGAAGAGAACGAGAAAAUGAAAAAACAGCACGCAUGAAUCUAAUACAUUAUAUCCAGUUGUCAUUUAAAUUAAAUUUCACAUUGUCUAGCAAGUACGGAUAUUAUUAUACGAAGAGAAGAAAGCGCAGGAGGAGAAAGGAUAGUAAAAACAAAUACAUUAAGUUAUUAAGUUCCAAAAUAACAUCAGUGGUGACUACUUGAUUUUCACAUUUCUCGCUGUUCAUCUUUCUUGUCUUUCUUUUUUUUCUCUUCUCUCCCCAACAAUAUGACUGCUAUACCACGAUCUAGUUACACGCCGCAUGCAAUUCGGCAUAUAUUCUCCUCACGUGGAACUCUCCUCCCUUUUCCUUUCGUCACAAGCAAAAUUUCAUCAUGGUUAUCCAAAAUUUCUUGAAAGCCGGAGUCGCGGCCUUGUUAUCUGCUAUAUUCUGGUACAAACUGAUCCCCUUGACUUCCUGUUUCACGUUGUAUGAUCCUAUAUCUGUAACGUAGCUACAGAGAGAGGAGAUCGAAUCGAUCGGGCAGGCUUCGGAGGCGGCGAACGGGCGCUCGUUUCUCACUUGUGCGCACAGUCGUCUCUCGGUAGCGUGCCAGUAAUUGAAUGAAGCAAGAAAAGAAGAGGAGAGCGCGUCUCUUGUCGUCGUUCUGCUCGUCGUCACGGUUAUUCACGUGCGCUCUCUCAGUUUCGCGUGAUCGUGGAGCAGAAUGCGAGAGAAGGAAAACGGGGGGGGGGGUGACACGCUGUUGUCGUCACCCGCGUCUCUAUCGUCUGUCAUUAAGCGCGGAGAUGUUACACGCAUGCGACACGUUGUUACGAGGUUGUACACCCUAAUCCUGGCGUCCGGAGUUUUGACUUCCUUUCGCGCUCUCUAUUCGGUCGUCCCUUGUCUUUCCUUCCCCUUUCCUCCUCCAUCUGCCCUCUCCCUUUCUCUUUCUCUCUAUUAUACUAUACGCAAUCAUAAUAUAUACGUCACAGAUAUAUUUAUCACUUAUUCCUAGUAAACUCGUAUCGCGCUCGAGAAGAAUGAAGGGAGGAUAAAUCAUACGCACACAUACGCAGGUAUUAUAGAUACAUGUAGUUGCGUAUAUUUACUUUCACACGUUCUGUGCGACGUUCAGUUUUAAAGGAUUUGCGAGAGAAUCGCGAAUAUUACGAAUAAUAAUCGCUUCUCGAAAGUAGCAUCGUGUAACGUAGAGUUUUGGCAAUCCAGCUCCCUCGAAGAGGACCGAGUUCGUGAUAAUACUUUGACCCUUUGAUCGAGAUAGUGUGCACGUCGAAGGAAGUAAGAAAAAGAAGUUUGCACAUACAACGUCGAGUGAAAUCUAAAGCUACAUGUGAUUUAUUAAAUAAAUCGCUCGUUAAGAUCGUUUACGAGUUGGAGAUUUAACGAAUAACAAACGAGCUUUGUUUGACGUGUAUCUGUAUGUCCAUGUAUGUCACAGACCGUAUUCAAUGCGCGAUGCAGAGUAUCUCGAUCGUUAUUAGCGGAUCCAAAGGUGUUUGUUCCACGUGAAAAGACAAGUACCGCACGAGAUUCUGUAAUGGGAGGUCAAAGACUACUCGAACGUGCUAUCCGCCGUGUUAGUUGCCCGAUGCGGAGAGGGAAGGAACGAAAACGGGGAACUGAGUGGUCCUCGCUCUUCUCGUAUAUAUAUGUAUAAUUAAGUAUAUGUAUAUACGCGCGCGUGCUAAUACCAUAUGUAAACACAGACCCGUACACGUACUUUCACAAAUAUGUAAUAUCGAUAGACAGGGAGACAACCAAUUUUCAACAAAGUUAGUCGCCAAUUACACGUGAAUGGGUAAACGUUUUCCUGUUGUCGUGUUGAUAUUUCUCGAUGUAAUAAUUGGUGUCGCUGUCGCAACAGAAUCGUAGAUCCGGGAAAUCGCCGGGAAGGGAAGGACGCGCGAGAGCAUCGUUUGACUGCAAGGAAGGAAAAGGGAUAAAAAAAGAGAGACGAGAGUAAAAUAGAUGCGGAAUCGCUGAGAAACAGUGAGCGGGAACAACAUCCUGAUGGCGACUCCUCUCGCCCACUUUCUCCCAUUGAAUGAGGGCAAAAAUGUAACGUGUAUAACGGAAGCCUCGUUGUAACUUGUCGAUGUUACUAGCUUCGAUCGCAAUGGGCACGAGACGUAACGAGUCUAGCCUGUUCCGUUCUGAAUAGACGAAGUGUUGUGCGUUUUGCGACUUGUGUCCAUUGUGGGCGAGGCCGUCCGGUGUCGAGCUGAAGCAAAGACGAUAUACAGGCGACAAAUAAUAAAAUCUCAUCGGUAAGAGCACAAGAGAACAACCAAUAAGAAGCAACUGAUUGAAUGAGAGAAAUGAAGAUUCAUGAAUUAUAUCGUCCUGUGGAAUCGGGGCGAUUGAUUAGAAACAACGUGUUCAUCAUCGUGAGAGUUGAACUUGACAACUCUCACGAACUCCUUUACCACUCUUUUGUUGCCUGUAUUUCGUUUUUUGCGUUUUGCCUUGACACUUUCCGCAACAAGUGAAAAUCCAAGGUCCAAGAGUCCAACAACAGAGGGUGCAAACAGGUAUCAUCUCCUAUUAACUUCAAUCCAAUCAUUUUUCCGAGGAGUCCUGAAGAUUCUGUGAGAGCUAGCUGGGUGAAACCGGGUGCGCGCGUGUGUACCGCGUACACAUGAGAUUAGAGGUGACAAAACGCGAAAGUCAACCAUGAAAGUCGCACAUUCGUGGAUAGUGUGUGGUGAAGCUCGAUUUCGCACAGCGGGCCGUCCUCGAAUGUAAUAUCCCUCUUUUUUUCACUUCUCCUCUCGAGGCUCCUGUUUCUUCUCGAGAGAUACACUGUUUCUCCUUCCAGUCUUUUAAAUCUGCUUCAUCUCAAGGACGUUUUCCUCAAUCUGAUUUUAUCCUUAUCCCCAACCGCUCGUCCUCAGAUUCGACAAUCAAACGUUAACGCCUUGUGUUUUUUUAAUUUUCUGAAUAUUAUAAAUUUUCCAAAAUAAACGUUAUGUUUUUUUUAAUAACCUUGCUAGUGAUUUUAUAUUUCAUCGGGAGGGAUACUAUCGUCAUCAUUAUCAUCGUCGUGGUCAUCAUCAUCAUCAUCAUCAUCAUCAUCAUCUUCAUGCUCAUCUUCAUCUUCAUCUUCUUUCUACUCAUCGUUAUUAUUAGCGGCAUGCAUCAACAACUGUUCAAUAUUUUCGAUCCUUUACCCACAAUGUUCACACUAGGUCUCCUUUAUUCUCUUCUUUUUCAUUCUUAAAUCGUACAUGAACUAUUUAGAAAACGUCAGUCACGUCUGUAGUGCGAAUUUAUAUGUCGACAAUCGCGAGAGGAGCGACGACAGGCGCGUCUCUUGAUUCUCAAAUACGACACACGUUCAGUCGCGCGAAACCGACGCGACUCUUAAACCUCGAACAGUCUUUCAUCCUGGUCCUGCUUUUCCCAUGAGAACCUGCAUUCAUCCAUCCAUCACCUUCGUGCAACCGUUUUUCUGCACAACAUCCAUUUUCUCCGUCUCUUCUCUCCUUUUCUCCCCUCUCGACUCUACACUCUUCUUCCCCAUCCUCUUGUCCCACAAAUUACGUUGUUCUAUUUGUAUUUAUCAUCAACCCAUCGUAAUUGUAAAUUAUAAUUAUUAUAAACGUUUACACGAAAUAAUAAAUUCUGAUAAAAUGUCUGAGAAAAACCAGAA